GUCGGGUUUGGGCCCCUCCAUCGGAGAAGAUACUGUCUUCGCUUUUUGGUGGUGCCUCAUCAGGGAAUCAUAAUUGUUGCAGCCAGAUUUACUGUUGCUGAAGAUGACUGUGGUGUCCCUUAUUGUUUGUCACUGGUGGUACCUCUUGAAGAGUAUGAGUACUUUCUUCCACUGACAAAUACUGUAACUACAUGGCUUAUCAAUAUAGCAGCCACCACCAGACUUCUCGUUACAAAGUAUGGGCUUGAGGGCGGAGGACGCAUAAAACACAAGUUGGUGGAACUCUGUGACAUUUUAGUGGCUUUACGGAGUGCCUGUUUAGACCAAUAUCCCCUGACACCUGCCGGGCCCCCCUAUGGGCGAGAUUAGCAAGAUUAUCCUCACUUCACAUCUACAGACUUUAGGGUCAACACUGGUGGUUGCUGAUUCACCUAAUGCUGCAAAUAAGGUGGUUAUGUGGAUUGCCCAGUUCUCAGAUCCCUGUGAGUUGCCUGUUUCCAGGCUCUGCCUCUCCUACACACAGUGGUCCUUUCAUCCAGGAUUAUCCAUACAGGGCAUUGUUAGAUCUUCAAAUGGGGAAGUGAAUCUUUCUGCACAGAAAUUGAUCCAGUCAUCACGCCCACUGACUGUUGUAGACAUUAGCAGAGGGACUGUAAAACAGACAGGCCCACCAGAUAUCCAUGCACGUCGCAAUGUUGCUGCUCUGCACCAGGAACUUCUCUCACUCUGGCAUGAGCUGCCAGACAUCUCGGCACCAUCUGAGAGUCUCCUAGAACCUGUACGUGCAGCAGCUCCACUAGUCAAACAGUUUUUACAUGACUAUGACCGUCUCAGCUCCUGCUAUGGAGACGUGCGACAAAACUUUAUUCAAGCAUUUUUACGAUCUCUUCAGUAUACAGCCCUUGCUAUCAUAACAUGGACACAACAUGAGUGGGCAGUACAGCGGCGCCGAUCUGGAUACGACACCUUGAAGCAAGCUUUGUGUUCAGUGUUUGACCUGGAUGAUUUAGACCUUCGAAUUGUUUUAGCACAAGCAGAACUUCUCCAGCCGGGCUUCUAUUCUACCCAGACAUGGGGACAUUCUGUGUAUCUGUUUUUUUAAAUAGAUAAAAAAACUUUUUUGAAAAAAUUUGUUUUUUAAAAUAUAUUUUUUAAAGAAAGUGAUUUUUUAAUUUAUUUUUAGAUAUUUUUUUAUAGAUUUCUUUAAUUGAUAAAGUGAAGUUGAGACUUUCUUGUAGAAGUCUUACAAUAUGUUCAUAAGGUAGAUAUGAUAUCAGCUAUAAUUUCAAGAUAAAAGGAUGUUCCUUAUACAAUUGCAAUUCAGAUUAAAAAAUUUGAUUAGAAAAAGAGGAAAAUAUGAUCAGCAUAUCAUCAUUGUUUUAAGCAUAUUGAAUUAAGGAUAUUAAGUCCCUUCCAAAUUGUACUGCUAAAGCAUGUUUGAGUUUAUAAAUUCAGAAUUUUGUAUUUAAUCAAAAUUUACAUCAAAGUUGACUCAACAAUUUUACAACUCCAAUAACUGUAUUAGAUCUAAGGUAUCAGCAGGUGCCUACUAAUAACCACACUCACUGUGAUAUCUAGUCACUGAUCUGCCAUUGAUGGAUGUACUACAUAGACUGAACUCAUGUGGUUGUUGAAAUAUGAUGUGUUGCAGUCCUGUAGUGGUAAUUAGCAAACAUGAUAGUGGUAGCAACAUAAUUAUUACAAUAUUCAAAAAUAAGUUAUUUGUGAUAAACACAUAUUUAAAAAAUUAGAGAGAAUGUUGCACUGAAAAAUUUUCAUAGCAAAAUAUACUUUGUUUGAUAUGAUACUUCCUCUUCGUGGUAAUUUUGUGGUCUUUUAUAUUUGUUCUGUAUUAUGAAUAUAGUAUAGUAAGUGUUUAUUCUAUUCAUUCAGUGUGAAGUUUAUGAAAAUAAGUGGUUAGUGUAUGAAUUUACUCAUUUAUUAAGAUUAAUGUUUACAGCAUUUGAGAAAACUGUUUCAAAUAGUUAUCAUAUACAGGAAGAAAGAUGCAUCAUAUACAUAGAUUUGUAAGUCAUCAAAACUUUUUGUAUACUUUCUUUUCUUGCUUGAAAGGAUGCUUGUGUUGCAUUCAUAUAGUAGAGUUGAGUUUAGGCAGAGGUUUAAAAAAUCAUAUUAUAUAUUAGUUAUGAAGCUCUUAAGCAUAGCCAAAUACAGUCAGAAUAGCUAACACUUGCAAUUUCUGUGACAAAUUCUAAUAUGUUACUUGUUUUGUCACAUACUGUUUGUAUUAAGUGUUAUAUUUGUUAUAAGGAGAUGGAUUUGUAUUCAGUCCAGUAAUUGUAGAUAAAGCAUUUAUUUCAAGUUUAAGUAGAUUUUCUGAAAAAUUCUAUAUCUUCAUUCACUAUCAUUUUCUUCUUUGUUAUUACUAUGUAUAUUUUCCAUUUUCAUUUUUUUUCCCUCUUUUUCUUUCUUCCCUUCCUUCCCCCUCCUCCUCUUCUUUUUCUUCUUCUUCUUCUUCUUCUUCUUCUUCUUUCUCCUCCUCCUCCUCUUCUCUUUCUCCCAUUCCUACUCCUCUUCCUCCUCCUCCUCCUCUUCCUCCUCCUCCUCCUCCCCUCCUCCUCUCCUCCCCUCCUCCUCCUCCUCCUCCUCCCCCUCUCCUCCCCCCCCCCUCCACUUCAAUAAAAAUGUAAAAAAAUUUUGAUAAAAAUACCCUAUAGUUUUACACUUAUGCAGAUAUAUAUAAGAAAAGGUUUAUUUUUGCAAAAAGAAAUGAUACUUAGUCAUUAUAUUGCCAUUCACUCCAUACAUUGUGUCUUGCUUUAUGUUCAGUCAUAUUUGUAAAAAAUUAUAUUAGUAAGAUCUACCUGCUUUUGCAAGCUAAAAUAAAUGAUUAGAUUGUGAUGUGAAAGUAAGUGUGAAUGUUUUUAAAGCAUGAAAAGAGUAGCUGUUUCUAUUUUGAGUAUAGAUGUUGCUGCUUGCUAGUAACUUUAGAAAUGUGAUAUUGUCUAUGUAAUGUACUGUCUUAUGCACAUCAGGUAAAGCCAGUUUCUAUGAAAAGUUACAUUGAAAAAUAAAGUUUAUCUUGUUCUCUUUCUCUUCUUCCUGCUUUUCACUUUUCUCUUCUCUGUUCAAUAUGCUCUUUCUAAUCUUUUUUUUAUAUCAUCCUCCCAAUGUAUAGAACUAGAUACUGCACCUCAUGUUGCCUAGUUUGCUGUUACAUUUACACAUAAGCUUAAAACUAUAUAUAAACAAGAGUAAAUUUGUCAUAAUAGAUUUAAGGACUGUUGCUUUGCAUUCCUUAGAUAUAAGUACUUACUGAUUGCUCAAAGAUAUGGUAUGAAUUUGAAAUGUGUAUGUGAGACUUCUAAGCAUUUUGAUUCAUACUUUCAGUUAUUUAGAGAAAAUUAAUAACAUUUGUUCACUGAUACUGCAGCUUUUGAAGCUUGGUUUCUUGAAUGUAUGCAUUUACUUGAUAUCAGUGGUGCUUGUCAUUAGCAAUCAGGCAAAAUAUAUUUCUGUGAUUGUAUGCCUUAAUCAUGCAGUUUUCUAUUUGUUCUUCAUUGCAUCAAAGAUGACCAGAAUAUAAUUCUUUAGAGGAUAUCAUAUUUUUAUUGUUUGCAUAAAGUUAUAUCACUCCUAAAAAAUGCAGUAGUAAAUGCCAGAUAUGUUACAUUGGCUUGUAGUAUUGUGUCAGACAAAUGUUUCUCUCAAUAAUAAACUGUUGAUAAAGAACAUUA